UUCCUCUUGCGUAUCAAUUAAGUGUCGCGACAAAAAGUUGUGCACUGACGGCUGGCGUUAGUCUUUCUACCAAUACGUUGGAAGAAAGCCGUGCGAACCGUUUUAUUGAUCCGCUAAUAAUAGCUAGCAGUGGCCGUGAUUUGUUCAUUUAUUUUUAACAGAUAAUAGUGUAAGAUGCGUCAGGACAAACGAAAUCUAGACUGUUUAAGCGCACUGCUCUUUUUGGUGAUUUUCUCAGUGUGUUUCACGUCAGUGCUGAUCGAUGCGUUUGACGAUGUCGUGAAAACGGAAGUUUCCCGGCAUGACGAUGGCGGUCACUCAUUCCCGGUGGGAAUUAAUCUAAAGGAGAGCAACAGGAAGAAAAGAGGGGUUUUAAUGACUGCACUUGCUGUUAGUGAGGUAGCGAUCGCGCUGACUGACUUUGUAACAGAAAACGUCAGACAAUCAUUUGACAAUAGUGCGGAUGACAGGGACCAUCGGGAGAUUAUUGACCAUUUUGAGCAGAUCCAAAUGGAAUUGGAAAAACAGACGGAAGAGCUUCAGUCCAUAAAUCAAGAAAUUAAAAACCUGGGCUUAUCUAUCAUCUACUUUGAACACGAAGAUAAAAUCAAAGACAGUCUCUGGACUCUGCGGGAUUACUUGGCGAAUCCCAACGAUCGCCAUUUAAAUCGUUUCACUGAGAAAGCCUCUCAUCUCGACCAAAGCAUCCGAAUCCUGGUCGACGGCCUACUUGGCCAGCACACUUUCAGUCACGAUAUCAUGGCCGUCAUGCGAGACGCUGCAAAAUGCUAUGGUCGAAAGUUGCGCAAGAGCGUCAGGUCCGUAGGGAGCCUCAUUAUGACGGGACUCCGUGUACGCGGCCAAUACCAACGGAUCACCAAUGCAACAGAAGGAGACAGUUCGCCUUUUAAAAAGUACAUCGACGCGUCACUUCUUAAAUUGAAAACGAGACUGGACGACAUGGUGAUUAAGUGCCAGGCGGAUGAGAGAAACGUCAGCGACGAAAUGCGCAAGAUCAUGAAAGCCACAUUGUCCCCCGGCAGGCAAAAUAUGGCCAAUGCGCUGCUCAAUUUCCUGGAAGAGAAAUACGACAACAAAAAGUGGAUCGUUCUUGUGCAAAAGAAAGGAAAGUGGUCCACGUGGACAGCUGGAUUUCAUCAGGCUUUGGUACGAAGUGACGUCGCAUUCGCCAUUUCCGUCGACCCGCGAGAAAUGAGCUUUCCUGGAUUCAAGAAACUCUCAGAUACAUCUUUGAAAUACUUUCAAUUUCCUGUAUGGUGUUCGCCUGAUAGGUGUUCAUGUUCAAGCUCUGUUGAAAUUGAGAAAUAUCUCAAUCGUUUCUUGAUUCCUCUACGAGCCAACAGUGAAGUUGAAAUGAAAAUGUUAGCGUUCGCCGAUGACGACAUGGGGUGGCAGGAAUUAAUCUUUGUGUUUUCUAAAGACCUGGCUAAUUACACAGGUAAGGUUUGGAUUCACACAAAUAAAGGAAAAAAUUGCAACCACUGGGUGUUUGUCAUUGCCACGAGGCCAGCAAUCACGUUCAACCCAUCAUCGCCUUCAACUUCCCCUUUGAGAAAUCAAAUCGAAUGUUCAUAUGAUACUGACCAAGCCGCACAGGAUUACGGCCCGCUGCGCAACGAACGCACCCAAUCUUACCUGUCGGUGCAGGGCAAUUCGAGUGAGGAAGGUGCGUCCAUCAUCUUGGAUCGCGAAUGGAGGAACAGCUCCGGACAGAGAUGGAAACUCGUCGAUGGUCAAUUGAAAAAUGAAUUCGGCAAAUGUUUGACGUUGUGGAGAAAUAAAGCGUCAAAUUGGCAUCGAUACCUCUUCCAAUAUAACUGUGAUCUUAAUCAGCCAGAGCAAAAAUGGGAUAGCAAAGGUCUUCAAAUUAUUAAUGAUGGAAAAUACUGUUUAGGCUUUGAUGAAAAAGUACACCAAGACCCCAUGUUCGUAUACGGAGUGCGUGCUUGUGACUUGUCCCCGUCGUUCAUUUGGUACAAUCGGGACACGGACUGCGAGGACGCCAUGGUGAUCCAGUCAACCACCAACGGCAGUCGACCACUUCGCAACGAAUUCUAUCGACUCUUCCUGGACGUCGUGGACAAUUAUGGAACGGAGCAGCCAUGGAGCAAUCGCCCAGCUCAACUGUGGAAAUUUGUUGACGGUUUGUUGAAGAACGACGACGGGAAAUGCUUGGCAGGAAAAGGCUGGUACGUCUGGUCAGUAGACUGUGCUGAUACAAUAGGAAAUAACGGCCGUUGGACAUACACAGAGAAUCGACAAAUCAAAAGCCAAGAUGGCUACUGUUUGAGCAGUGCUGGUGAUAAACAUGGCUACGUUUAUUACGAUCACUGCAAAGACGAACCCCAACAGCGUUGGUGGUAUUUUUCGUAGAAUAACAUAAAAUUAUGGGUCGUAUCUGCAAGCAAGCAUCGUUGCCAAGGAUGCAUGUAGAAUUUCAUUUUGAGUAGUGCUAUUUACUGUGGGCUAGAUUUCACGAAUUUUGUAAUGAAAUUAAACAAUAAACAGAUUAUUUUACACGCAUCGCUAUAUGUUUAAAAAUUUGCUUCUCCAAUGCCUUAUCCUCCAUUCUUUUUGUUACCAGUCUGUGUUGUUACUAAGCUUUAUUUGUCGCAUUUGUAAUUUGAAUCAAUAAAGUAAUGCAUUCUCCUUCCACAUAAAAGUCUUUAUUGGGGACUGAAUGCUGAAAUACUGGAAAUAGA